AUACUUCGCUCUGAAACAUGAUCAUGGAUUCCACAUACAUGGCGUCGAAACAACUAGUCCUCGUCGUCGUCGUCGCGAUCCUCGGGUUUUCAUCAACUUGCACAGCUACUACGUAUAUGGUCGGAGACAACUCUGGUUGGGACAUCAGCACUGAUCUCGGCUCUUGGACAGCCGGCAAACAGUUCCAUGUUGGCGAUGUUCUCGCAUUUCAAUAUUCAUCAACACACAGCGUUUCGAAGGUGAAAAAAGAAAAUUACGACAGUUGCAACACGAGCAAUGUACUAGAAUCAAGUAGCAACGGGAACACAUCCUUCACCUUGACACAGCCAGGUGACACCUACUUUAUUUGCGGUAACAGGCUGCAUUGCCUGGGAGGAAUGAAACUGCAUGUUCUCACACAAUCAGAUAAUUCUCCGGCACCAUCUCCUGCGCUUGCACCGGAGUCGAGCGCAUCAGCAGGAGGAGGAGGAACGGCUCUGCCUCAGCCGUCGUCGAAGAGCAAUAAGCCUUCGAAAGUUGGUCCUAGUUCUGCAGCUGCUAUGUUUCAUCAUGUUACAUUGUUGGACUCUCUUUUCAUUGGCCUUGUUGUUUCUACCUUGAUAUUUUAAUUUAGUAGCCAUUUCCACCA